AUGUACGAAGAGAGCUUCAAGGCAAGCAGUGGUUGGUUCAAGAACUUCAAGAGAAGGACUGACCUCCAUAGUGUUGUCUGGCAUGGGGAGGCUGCGAGCGCCAACACCAAGGCAGCAGAGGUAUUCGUCAAAGAGUUCGAAAGGCUUGAGGUUUCCGAGUGUUAUGUGCCGCAGCAAGUUUUCAACUGCGAUAAGACUGGGCUUUUUUGGAAGAAGAUGCCCAAAAGCACCUAUAUCACUGCUGAGGAGAAAGUCAUGUCUGGUCAUAAGCCCAUGAAAGACUGUCUUACCCUCUUGUUUUGUGCCAAUGCAAGCAACAACUUCAAGGUGAAACCUCUGCUUGUCUACCACGCAGAAAAUCCACAAGCCUUCAAGAAAUGUAAGUUUCAGAAGAGUCAGCUCAAUGUGUUAUUGAGGUCCAACAGCAAGGCUUGGGUCACGCGGAUGUUGUUUGUUGAAUGGGUCAACGAGUGCUUUGGUCCAUAUGUCAAGCAGUUCCUACUUGAUAGGGGCCUUCCUCUCAUAGCCUUGCUGGUUAUGGACAAUGCUCCUGCACAUUCUCCAAACAUCGAGGAUGACCUACUGGAGGAAUUCAGUUUCAUCAAGGUCAUGUUCCUCCCUCUCAGCACCACGUCACUCAUUCAGCCCAUAGAUCAGCAGGUCAUCUCGAACUUCAAAAAGCUAUAUACUAAGGCAUCGUUUCAGCGAUGUUUCAAGGUGACUGAAGGAACAAACCUAACCUUUUCGAGAGUUUUGGAAAGACCAUUUCCAUAUUGUCAGCUGCCUGAAGUCUAUUGA